GAGUGACGGUGACGGUGGAGUGAAAUGCGCAAAUAUUACAUGUGUGCAUGUUUUUACUUUAAAAACAUAUAUCUGAAAAAUCUCGACGUGCAUAUUGAAUUUAGAGAGAAGCCUCAUUUUGUGAAAACUUACAGGAAGAUACUCGAUGAAAAUGGUUAUAACGACGAUGAAAAGAUUAACAAGUUAAUUGCACAGAUAGAAGAUGAAGUUGACCGUCGGAGAAAACUUGGUUUUGAUAGUUUACAAAGGCUUCAAAUGAUAGAAGAGACAUAUCGGCCUCUACAUCCAGAGAUAUUUGUUUUUAAGGAAUUUUUUUUGUCACCAAAGUUUUUACAACUUGUGAAGUACUGUAAAGAUGCCGAUGCUACGUUUGAAGGUGUUUGCGAAUAUAUUCAAGAAUUAGAAAGUAAGUUUUAAUUUAGUUGUACUCUAUAUUUUGUUGAGGUGUGGGGUUUUGUCCACUCUAUAAAAUUUUGAGGUGUGGGGUUUUGACUGGUGGGGCUUUGUCCUACAUUCUACACCGACAGACCUUUUGAUCAUGAAAAAAGUCAUAAUCAGUGCUUCCUUGAUUGGUUAAUGCACCCUGUCAAAUAUUCUGAUGAGGAAAUGGCCAUCUAAUUUUUACA